AUGCUGACUGAUGCCGUUUCCCCGUCACAGUUGGACGUUUCCACAGCGUUGCCCACCAUGGCCUUCAAAAAUGGGCUGAGUGAACGCCUCGAUGAGCUUCGGUUCCCAUCUCCUCGCUCCCCUCCCUCGGAUUCGGUCUUUCCAGGAUAUACAUCGCUUUCCCCGGGUCACUCCAAUUUUGGCUCGGGCUUCUCACGACCAUCGGCCGAUGUGAGAGGCAACUUGCAGCGACGAUUCACAACUGACUCGAGCAAGCUGUCAUCGUCAUGGAAUUACCUCAACCCCGGUCCCACACAAGUGCCAGACCACUCUGAUCUGCUCUCUUCAUUUGAGAAGAAACGCCAGCACAUUGAAUACAUGAGGCAGCAAAAACGUCGGUUUGAAGAGGACAUGAAGCUCCUUGACAUGCAGCACGAGAAGGAGAAGAUUGAGAUGGAUCAACUUGCUCGGGAUCUCGCCAAAGCCGGUCUCUCCGGACCAGUCAGUGAACCAACGACCCCUCCAGAGUAUUCUGAGCCUGUCGCUCCUUCCGUGACUCGCCCGGGACGGUUUGCUUCAUCCAGCGUCACUUCCUCUCCGGGAUUCUUCUCAGCGUUUGCUCCUUCCUCGCAAAUCACCUCACCUCAGGGUCCUUCCCAAUCCAAUCAUCAGGCUAUUGAUCGGUUCGCUGGCCACUCAAUGCCUAGCUCUCGCCGAAACUCAGAGAAGGAAGAGGCUGUUCUGGAAAGUGGUCCCUUCCGUCCAGGGCCUUCUUCAUAUCGACAGACUUCCUCCAUGUCUGGAUACAAGGCCAGCUCUGGUGUCGAUUCGUUUGCCGCCACGAAGCACUUGUUCCCCAGCGAAGAUCAUCAUUUGCAACUUUUGAAAGACGAAGAACGUCUCUCCACACCUGAUAUUAAGGGUUACAUCAAGAUGACCGAGCCGACCGAUGAUCACUUCCCCAUGCUCACUCGACAAAACGGUUCCACUAUCCUGUCUACGCCCUCGGAGACUCGAGAGUUCGUGAUGGCCCGCACCAACGCCCCUUCUGAGUCCUAUGCCCAUCACAGCCGCAACCGCUCGAGCCACCAGAGCAUGCCCAGUAUGCCGCAGGACUUCCUCGGUAUCAUGCGCUUUGACCCUGUGAAUAGCCCUCCACACGGCCAUGGCGACCGCAGCAGUGCAGCCCAUGCGCGCCACAUCUCGCUGGAAGGGGGUGGUACAACUUAUUCCAAUGACCGCCUUUCGCAAGCUCUUGCCUCGGUUUCCACCACUCGGCCCAACGGGCUGCAGCCCUCUUACUCCACCAAUGACCUGCCGACGGUCAAGGCCGGAGGCUUCGAUGCAGCGGUCACUCCACCAAAGACCAAUGCCGAACAUCUGCACAGCCACAAUGCUAGCAUGGGCCGCAUUCCCACCGGGGCAUCCGGCUCUCGUGUUCUGAAGGCGUCUCCCGAGCCCGAGGCCAGCAGUGGUCGCAUGUCCCCUUCCACCGUGUUGCAGGCGAGCGCUCCCCCCUUCGGACCUCAGCUGACAGCUGCCACUCCCAACAACGCUAUGACUCAUGCCAUGGUUCCGGCUGGGGUUCCUCCCUUCGCACCUCUGUACGGCUAUGCGCCGUACGUGGGCCAACCUGUCCAGGCGAACGCUCAACUCGCUGGGUUCGGCCAGGCCAAUGGCUAUGGUGCUUACCCUGCUCCGGCGUACCAACCCGCUCCAUAUCGAUACAAUGACACUGGGGCUCGCGGGGUGUCUGCUCCCCGCCGCCAGCUUGAUGGGGAUGCAGGCCAGGCGACUCGAUACGCCAACUUCCCGCUUGAGCACUACAAGGGCGAGCUCUACAAUCUUUGCAAAGAUCAACAUGGCUGUCGUUAUCUGCAACGAAAGCUGGAAGAACGGAACCCUGAGCAUGUGCAGCUGAUCUUCAGCGAGACCUACAUGCAUGUCAUUGAGCUCAUGACCGAUCCCUUCGGUAAUUACUUGUGCCAGAAAUUGCUCGAGUACUCGAACGACGAUCAGCGCACCGCCCUCAUCAAUAACGCUGCCCCCCAGCUUGUCAAAAUUGCGCUGAAUCAGCAUGGUACUCGAGCCCUGCAGAAGAUGAUCGAGUUCAUUUCUACGCCGCAGCAGACUCAGACAGUCAUCGACGCUUUGAAAUAUCACGUCGUCGAGCUGGUCAAGGAUCUGAACGGUAACCAUGUCAUUCAAAAGUGCCUGAACCGUCUGAAUGCCGAGGAAGCCGAGUUUAUUUACGAAGCCGUUGGCGCUCACUGCAUCAUCGUCGGCACUCACCGGCACGGAUGCUGCGUUCUUCAGCGGUGCAUUGACCAUGCUUCUGGGGCUCAGAAGGCUCGACUAAUUGCUCAGAUCACUGCACACUCUUUUACCCUCGUGCAGGAUCCCUUUGGCAACUACGUUGUGCAAUACAUUCUGGAUCUUGCAGAGCCGUGCUUCACUACUCCUUUGUGCCAAGUCUUCGCCGAUAACAUUCCGGAAUUGUCGAAGCAGAAGUUCAGCUCCAAUGUGAUCGAGAAGUGUCUUCGAACCGCUGAUGGCUCGACUCGCCGAGCGAUGAUUGACGAGAUUCUGUCCGGCAAUGAACUGGAGACGAUGCUGCGUGAUUCAUUUGCCAACUACGUCGUUCAGACUGCCAUGGACUUUGCCGAUACCGAGACUCGCCAACGCAUCGUCGACGCCAUUCGCCCCAUUCUGCCUUCAAUCCGCCAAACCCCUCAUGGGCGCCGCAUUGCCGGCAAAAUUAUGGCCGCAGAGGGGUCUGGUCGAUCCAGUGCUCAGGGAAGUGGACAAAUCACCCCAAAUGAGGUCAUUCCAGCCGCCCAGGCUUCCAAGAUAACCACAAAGAAUUUUUCUGGCUAUUCCCCAGCCAACACUGCGGGCGUGAUGCAGAUUGCUAAUGGAUCGGCCACGACCAAUGACCACGGAUUCUCGUCCGGCGCCUCGACCUCGACUCACCGUGGAAGCGCUGUCGAAAGCUCUGCAACCUUGGGAGCCCCUCUUGCUGCCAUGAGCGGACACGGUGGCCACGCGCACGCCUAUGCCGCUUAUUAUUAA